AUGUCGCAGCCCACAGCGGCAGACAGACGGCUGCAGGAGAGGCCAGAAAGCCCCGACCAGACUGGAGACGGCGUGACAGAGCAGCGGCGGAAGCCUAGGGGAUACACAGAAGAAGCGAUUGAGCCCGUCUGGAUCUGUUUGUCUGUCUGUCUGCCAGGUGAACGUGUUGCCUCGUCAGCCUCUCUAGCCUCUCUCACGACCAAGCAAUCUCGCGACAUGGACGAAGACGAGCAGCUGGCCGGCACCGAGCGCAUCGUGGAGACGGCCUGCCACGAAGUCGUGUUGAUGCCGCCGCCGACGAGCUCGCCACGCGACCCGCUCAACUGGCCGUCCUGGCGCAAGCACUGGCACGCCUUCCUCGUCCUCUUCGUCGUCGGCCUGACGGCGGCCACGAGCAACGAUGCCGGCGGUGCAGCUGAUGCGCUGCUGGCCAUGGGCAUCAGCUACGGCGUCGAGAACACGGGUGCCGGCGUGCUCUUUGCCGGCAUCGGCUACGCCACCCUGCUGCUCUCGCCGCUGCCGGCGCUCUACGGCCGUCGCAGCACGUAUCUGAUCUGCCUGCUUUGCUCCGUCGCCGGCAGCGUCUGGUUUGCUCGGGCUCGCCGUCCGGCCGACGCCAUCUGGAGCCAGCUCUUUGUCGGCGCGUCCGAGAGCUGUGCCGAAGCCGCCGCCCAGCUCUCUCUCUCCGAACUCUUCUACAGCCACCAGCGUGGCGCCGUCAUGGGCCUCUAUAUCCUCGCCACCAGCGUCGGCACCUUUCUCGGGCCGCUCUUCGCCGGCCUCAUCGCCGACGACGACCGUGUCGGCUGGACCUGGAUCGGCUGGUUCGCCGUCAUCAUCAGCGCCGUCACCCUGCUCGUCUUCCUCUUCGCUUUUGAGGAGACCGCCUUUGAUCGUCGUCUCGCCCUCGACGGCCUCCAGCAGCAGCAGUUGCGCCAGAUGCACCAGCACCAGCACCUCGUCUUUCAGUCUAACGCCACCGACGAGCUCAAGAAGAUCGAGUCCGCCAUCGGCCCUCCCUCGUCUCCCCCCCCCGUUCUCGCCCUCGACGACAACGACCGGCCCAAGACGUACUGGCAGCGCAUCGCCAUCAUCACGCCCUCGCCCAUCCUCAAGGGCACCGGCUUCAAGCAGUACUUCCAGAUCCUCUUUCGCACCAUGCGCGUCUUCACCUUUCCCGCCGUCCUCUACGCCGGACUCCAGUGGGGCGCCCAGGACGCCUGGCUGACCUUUUACCUCUCCGUCCAGGAGGACAACUACUACGACGAUCCCUGGGACUAUGGCGACACGGCUGUCUCGCUCAUGAACAUCCCCACCCUCAUCGGCGCCGUCAUCGGCUGCUUCUAUGGUGGCUGGUUCUCUGACCAAUUCGUCACCUGGAUGGCUCGUCGUCGCGGUGGCAUCAGCGAGGCCGAGGACCGACUCUGGCUCUUGUACCCUGCUGCCAUCAUCAACCCGGCCGGUCUCAUCCUUUUUGGCGUUGGCUCCGGCAAGGGAUGGCUUUUCCCUCAGCUGUGGGCUGUUUAUGUCGGCUUGGGAAUGAUCGGCUUUGGCUGGGGAUGUGCUGGAGAUCUAGCUCUCAGCUACCUCGCAGACUGCUACCCCGACAUGAUCCUCGAAGGCAUGGUUGGUGUUGCCGUCAUCAACAACAGUAUCGCCCUUAUCUUUACCUUCUGCGCCAGCAUCUGGUUGGAGAACAACACGCUUGCCGAGGUUUUUGUCACCAUCGGCGUCUUGUCCUUUGUCUUCUUCAUGACCACCGUUCCCAUGCAGUUCUGGGGAAAGACCGCCCGUCGCAAGACUAAGAACCUCUACACCAGGUUCAUUGAAGAACGUGACGGCCUCUGA